CUCAGUGCCCUCGGGACUGGGCUCUCGGCUGGGGGCGGUGGCCAGCGGCUCCUCGCCCCCUGGUCUCCCGUGACAUUUUGAUUGAAAACGCGGGGCCCGGGUCUGUGGCGCGGCGCGCGCGGUCCUGGCGGGUGCACCCGGGAGUCCCGCGUCCCCGCGCCGUCUGGCCCAUGCAGUUAGGGAUGCUGCGGCUCGGCCUCGGCUUCUGGAGAGCCCCACUGUGAUGUCGGGGGCGAAACUUCUCAAAACUUGAAAGAACCAUUUUCUACGCCUCGAGUUGCCAGAAUGUCAAAGUGCCUUUAGGUGACCUACCGUGAAACUGCUCUGACCCUGAAGUUAAUGGACCACUUUUAAAAAGACGGAACAUUUGAGCCAUAGAUUUUGAUGUGCGAAAUGCCAUGGAAAGAGAAGUUGAGCCAUUUACGCUAAUAAAUAUGGCAGAGCUUUCUGAGACAGAAGGACCAGUAGAUUGGAAAGAACGAUGCGUAGCCCUGGAGUCCCAGCUCAUGAAAUUCAGAGUUCAAGCAAGCAAGAUAAGAGAGCUCUUGGCAGAGAAGAUGCAACAGCUUGAGAGACAAGUUAUUGAUGCUGAACGUCAAGCAGAAAAAGCUUUUCAACAGGUACAAGUUAUGGAAGAGAAAUUAAAAGCAGCUAAUAUUCAAACCAGUGAAUCAGAGACGAGGUUGUAUAAAAAGUGUCAAGAUCUGGAGACCCUAAUACAGGAAAAAGAUGACAUCAUUCAAAACCUGGAGCUGCAACUUGAAGAGCAGAAACAAAUAAGGAUACAAGAAGCUAAAAUAAUAGAAGAGAAAGCAGCUAAGAUCAAAGAAUGGGUAACAGUUAAGUUAAAUGAGCUGGAAUUGGAGAAUCAGAAUCUCCGUUUGAUCAACCAAAACCAAACAGAAGAGAUAAGAACAAUACAGUCAAAACUACAAGAAGUCCAAGGGAAGAAGUUGUCCACUGUCCCCACACCGAAGCUUUCGGAAGGCCAGCGCCUAAGCAGUUUGACCUUUGAGUGCUUUUUAUCCCGAGCAAGGAGUCCUCCUCAAAUAGUGAAGUCUGAGGAGAUGAGCAAGAUAUCAUCUAAAGAAGCUGAGUUCACUGAAGGAAAAGACAUAGAAGAAAUGGAAAUUCCAGAAAAGUCUGUUGAUAACCAAAUUCAAGAAAACAGCCGAGGUCCGAGAACAUUGCAUCAAACCCCUUGUGUCUCAGAACAGAAUCGGAAAGCCAGAGCAAGCUUUGUAACGGAUGGCGGCAUAUCCCAGAAUUCUGGGGCUGCCGUGAGUGACUGGAGUUCCGAUGAGGAAGACGGGAGCAAAGGAAGGUCCAAGUCCAGGUACACGUCCACCCUUUCCAGUCACACGUCAGAGGAAGGGGUCCAGUGUAGCAGAAUGGGCAGUGAGACGUAUCUGACAGCGUCUGAUGACAGCAGUUCUAUAUUUGAAGAAGAGACUUUUGGCAUAAAGAGACCAGAACACAAGAAGCUGUAUUCUUGGCAACAGGAGGCGCAGUGGAAAGCUCAGAAUUGUCCUCUUGGAAAGGGAAGUUCUGAAUCAAGUAAAAAGGAGCAUGAUAGUUCCUCAGAUGAACUGAAUAAAAAAUUUCAGUCUCAGAGACUGGAUUAUUCUUCUUCAUCGAGUGAGGCCAACACCCCUAGCCCUAUUUUGACCCCAGCUUUGACUCCAAAGCAUCCUAACUCACUGCCUGGAAAAGGAGCACAAUUAGCACCUUCAUCAAACCUGCCACCCCCAAAGUUAAGGAUUCCUAAUGUUUUCAGUAUAAGUGUAGCUCUAGCCAAAAGACACUUGAGCCAGCCGCAGUUAAGUUCCGAUAGGAUGUUUGGUACAAACAGAAAUGCUAUAAGCAUGAUACGACCACUGAAACCUCAGGAAACAGACCUUGACCUAGUUGAUGGUGACAGUACAGAAAUUUUAGAGAAUAUGGACACUAGUUGUGAUGAUGGACUGUUUCCCUAUGACUCCCUGGAAUCCCCGUGUUCAGACGACCAGGAAACGUGUGACUCAGCAAAGAAGGUGGCGUGCGGCAAACCUCCAACUCCUCCGCUGCACCGUUUUCCCUCUUGGGAAAGCAGAAUUUAUGCUGUAGCCAAAUCAGGCAUUCGAAUGUCUGAGGCCUUCAAUAUGGAGAAUGUUAAUAAAAAUUCUGUUGCAAUGCUUUCCUAUACCACAUCAGGACUUUAUACAUCUCUGAUAUACAAGAAUAUGACAACCCCAGUGUAUACAACUUUGAAAGGGAAGGCGACUCAAAUAAGCAGCAGCCCGUUCCUGGAUGACUCCUCUGGGUCCGAGGAAGAAGAUAGUUCCAGAUCCAGCUCCCGGACUUCGGAGUCAGACACGCGGAGUCGGAGUGGGCCGGGCAGCCCCAGAGCCAUGAAACGAGGUGUGUCUCUGUCUUCUGUGGCUUCUGAAAGUGAUUAUGCUAUUCCCCCAGAUGCUUACUCCACAGACACAGAGUACUCACAGCCAGAGCAGAAGCUCCCUAAAACUUGCUCGUCUUCCAGUGAUAACGGGAAAAAUGAACCACUGGAAAAAUCCGGCUAUUUAUUAAAAAUGAGUGGUAAAGUCAAAACUUGGAAGCGGAGAUGGUUUGUUCUUAAAGGUGGUGAAUUACUUUACUACAAAUCUCCGAGUGAUGUAAUUAGAAAACCCCAGGGUCAUAUUGAACUUAGUGCAACUUGCAGUAUUUUAAGAGGAGAUAACAAACAAACAGUUCAGGCAUGGCAUACAACAUUUAUCAGAAAGUUGACCACUGAAAAACACACAUACUAUCUGACUGCAGAUUCUCCCAAUAUAUUGGAGGAAUGGAUUAAAGUGUUACAGAAUGUUCUUCGAGUACAAGCUGCCAACCCCCUUUUCCUGCAGCUUGAGGGCAAACCAGCUGUGAAGGGAUUGCUCACUAAGGUAAAACAUGGCUACUCCAAGAGAGUCUGGUGUACACUUAUAGGAAAAACAUUAUAUUAUUUUCGUAGUCAAGAAGAUAAGUUUCCUUUAGGUCAGAUCAAACUCUGGGAGGCUAAAGUUGAAGAGGUUGACAGAUCCUGUGAUUCAGAUGAAGAUUAUGAAGCCAGUGGGCGAAGUCUGUUAUCCACACAUUACACCAUCGUGAUCCACCCCAAAGACCAAGGUCCCACUUACCUCCUAAUUGGAUCUAAGCAUGAAAAGGACACUUGGCUUUAUCAUCUGACUGUUGCAGCUGGAAGUAACAACAUAAACGUUGGAUCUGAAUUUGAACAACUUGUUUGCAAAUUGCUAAAUAUAGAAGGAGAACCUUCCUCUCAGAUAUGGAGACACCCUACUUUGUGUCAUAGCAAAGAAGGAAUCAUUUCCCCUCUGACGACACUACCUUCUGAAGCUCUACAGACAGAAGCUAUUAAAUUAUUUAAGACCUGCCAGCUUUUUAUAAAUGCAGCAGUUGACUCCCCUGCAAUUGAUUACCACAUAUCUCUAGCCCAGAGUGCUUUGCAAAUCUGUCUGACACAUCCUGAGCUACAGAAUGAAAUUUGCUGUCAGCUCAUUAAACAGACAAGACGGAGACAGCCACAGAAUCAACCAGGACCAUUGCAGGGCUGGCAGCUCUUGGCGCUCUGUGUUGGGCUCUUCCUUCCCCAUCAUCCUUUCCUGUGGCUCCUUAGGCUCCACCUAAAGAGGAAUGCAGAUUCCAGGACAGAAUUUGGAAAAUAUGCCAUUUAUUGCCAGCGAUGUGUAGAAAGAACACAACAAAAUGGAGAUCGGGAAGCAAGACCCUCAAGAAUGGAAAUUCUUUCAACCCUUCUUCGAAAUCCUUAUCAUCAUUCUUUGCCCUUCAGUAUCCCCGUGCACUUCAUGAAUGGGAUAUAUCAGGUAGUUGGAUUUGAUGCAUCCACCACAGUGGAAGAAUUUUUGAAUACUUUGAACCAGGAUACAGGAAUGAGGAAGCCAGCACAGUCUGGAUUUGCAUUGUUCACGGACGAUCCUUCUGGCAGAGAUUUAGAGCAUUGUCUUCAAGGAAACAUCAAGAUUUGUGACAUUAUUUCUAAGUGGGAACAGGCUUCCAAAGAACAGCAGCCUGGGAAGUGGGAAGGUACGAGAACUGUUCGCCUAACUUAUAAAAACAGACUAUAUUUCUCAGUGCAAGCUCGUGGAGAGACUGAUAGAGAAAAGUUGCUGUUAAUGUAUCAGACAAAUGAUCAAAUAAUAAAUGGACUCUUUCCUCUGAACAAGGACCUGGCAUUAGAAAUGGCGGCUCUUUUAGCUCAGGUGGAGAUUGGAGAUUUUGAAAGACCUUUUUCAACUCCAGCAGGACAUGUUACUAAUCAGUGCAAAGCAAACCAAACUCUAAAACAAGUUAUAGAGAAAUUUUAUCCAAAAAGAUAUAGAGAUGACUCCUCUGAAGAACAGUUAAGGCAGCUUUGCCAGCGACUGUCAACCAGAUGGAUGGCCCUGCGGGGACACAGUGCUGCUGAUUGCGUGCGAAUUUAUUUAACAGUAGCCAGGAAGUGGCCAUUCUUUGGUGCCAAGUUGUUUCUUGCAAAACCCAUAACUCCGUCAUCACUUGGAAGUACUUUCUUGUGGCUGGCUAUACACGAGGAUGGUUUAAGCAUCUUAGAAUACAACUCCAUGAGGUUAAUAGUCAGCUAUGUGUACAAGAGUCUAAUGACCUUUGGAGGUCAUCAAGAUGAUUUUAUGAUAGUCAUUAACAACACACACUCAAAGGACAAACCAACAGAGAAAUUACUUUUUGCCAUGGCAAAACCCAAGAUUCUUGAAAUCACUCUUUUGAUCGCCAGUUACAUAAACAACUUCCAUCAGCAAAAGGCAGCCUUUCACCACCUCUCUGCUCCAGCGCUGCUCUCAGCUCGGACCCGGGGACCCCAAGCCAGGGCAGUGGGAAGCCAGCCCCUUCUGUCAAGCGGCAGACCUACCAAAGGCCCCACUUUACUCUGAAAGCUCAGGAGCCUGAACAUUCACUCCCUGCCCUUGAAGCAGUGGUUGCAUCAGCUGCAAAUGAGUUCAUUUACAUCCUGGCAGCAUGGCACCCAGGCACUAGUAUUCCAAACUUUAAAAAUAAUGGGAGGGCCGGCCCCGUGGCCUAGCGGUUAGGUGCGUGCGCUCCGCUGCUGGUGGCCCGGGUUCGGAUCCCGGGCACGCACCGACGCACUGCUUCUCUGGCCAUGCUGAGGCCGCGUCCCACAUACAGCAACUAGAAGGAUGUGUAGCUAUGACAUACAACUAUCUACUGGGGCUUUGGGGGAAAAAAUAAAGAAAUAAAAAUUAAAAAAAUAAAAAUAAAAAAAAUAAUGGGAGUUACUCUCUUUGAUUCUUAAAUAUUCAGAUGAAUACUACUAAUAAAACAGAAACACAAAAUUUGCCCACACAAAUUUUCUCUUAGAUUAAAUGGGUUAGAAUUUGUCAUUUUUUCCAUCUCCCUUCUCCCUUGCCAUCAGACACAUCAUGCAAUACUGCCUUUUUUUUAAAAUAAAUAAUCUGACAAUCUUUAGAAAGGGAGAUUCCAAACUCAUUUGGCAAACCAGUUGAUUAUUUGGAAAUGGUCACUGCCAAAACAUUAAGUACUAUAUUAAAUGUGCUUUUAAUUAAUGAUAUGGUGUUUGGAAAGAAGUAGAGUAUGCAAUAUAAGAAACAGCUGUUCAGGGGUAAAUUUUUAGAGCAAAUGCAGUAAAUCUUCUGGCCCUGUGAAUCAUUAUGAGAGAAAGUGGGAGUUAGGUAACCAGAACCUCCCAUGUGGUGGUAGAAAGUAUACCUUGUCACCUUUUCAGAUCACUGGAGUGUAAAAUUUAAAAGGAGACAGUGAUUCCUAACAUUCCUUGGCUGUCAGUAUAGCCGGAGUUCACUGGAAUAUUGCCCACAUUUCACUGCAUUUGGUGCUGGGUCAUCUUGACCUUGUUUUGUUAAAUAAUAAUAUUUUUGAAAACAAAGACAAUUCUUAAAGCUUUGCUCUCAUACAGUCCUUUUUAACUAUAGUUUGAACUUAAAUUUCCAGAAAUAUUUUUUAAAAGAAAAGAGAAAAUAAGUCUUCUGUCAAAGGAGGUAAAAUUUUAGUUGAAAGAGUCUAGAAAUGUAUUACUUUACUAGGUUACAUAAGUGGUCAGUACAUUCCAGAGUGUGUCAAAAAAAAAGUAAUUAGUAUUCAUGAUAAAAAUGAAACUGUGAUAAGACAUGAAAAUUAUAUUAUAAAAAUGUUUAAUUGCAAUAGUAAUCAUGAGUAUACUUAAUUUUAUUUAUGUGUGGAAUAUUUGUGUAGAAUAUUGUGAAUAUAGAAUUAUGUGUAGAAUAUUUAUUUUUUGGACAUAUAUUUAUCACUUUGUGUGUGGUAUUUUUUUAACCAAUUUGAAAAUUAAAAAAAACGUUAGCUGCUGAAUUAAUUUGUUGGCAGAGCCUUCAUGGUUUCUUCUUUGCUGCUUUCUCCUUAUGGCAAUGCACUGUUCUCACACUAAGCUUUUUAAAAAUGUUCUAUCACAUAUUAGCAUCCUUAGAAAGGGCAGAGCCAAGAAAUACACUGCUCAAGUAAGGUUUUGCUUUACUGGUAAUGACAAAAAGGUCAAAAACCCCAUAGAAAUAGAUUUCCAUUGACUAUUUCCCCUAAAUCUCUUGAGCCACAACCACUCACUGUGUAAGCAAAUUAGUUUUUGAGAAUAAACUGGUUACCAGUUUGGGAUGACUCUCAGGAGCCUUUUGGCUGGGAUACAGUAGAGUUUCUAAGUUCCCAGAAAACCAUUUAAUAAUCAUUAGUUGGUGAGCCAGAGGCUUGGCAGAGCUGUUACCUAUGUGUGAGGACUUUAUUAUCAAGCAAUAGUUAGUUCACUAUCUGGUAAGCCACCCCGAAAUCCUCUAAUUUAAACGAGUAGUGAAGGCUUAGCUUAAACGGUAGUACCCUAGACUUGCAUUUAUUUUUGAUAGAGCAGAGAUAAAAUAUUUUGAUGGAAAGAAAUCAAUUUUCUGUAACUGAUGAUGUGAAAAUUUUAUUUUCUGGGAAAUUACUUAUAUAGCCAUUUAAAAAAUUCAAAGUAUGUUAUUAUGAUUGGUUACAAGAGAAUAAUGUUACAUGUUUAAUUGUAAUAUUUGUCUCCUAUCAUUUUCUUCCCUUUCAAUCAUAAUAAAUGAUUUACAAAACCCA